UACCUAUCUUUACAUUGGUCCACAAAAUUCAACCAAAAGUUGAAUGCGUAAUAACUUUGGUGUUCACAUGUUUUACUAAAAAGAGUUUUAGAAAUUCGCUAAGUGUUAGGGGAAACAAAACAUGUCGUCUGAUAUUCCCACCGAUAACCGUGAAAUACUUCCUCCUCCUGUGUUAUGGGCUCAGAGAAAAGGUCACAUUUAUCUAAAGAUUGCGCUAGAAGAUUGUAGGAAUCCAACAAUAAAGUUAGAAAAAGACAAAUUAUACUUCAGAGGAAGUGGAGGCACAGAGGGUAAAGACCAUGAAAUUACUCUUGACUUUCUUAAAGAAAUUAAACCAGAUGAAUCCAAAUAUCUAGUCAAAGGACGAGAAAUAGAAUUUAUUCUUGUAAAAGGACAAGAAGGUCCAUAUUGGCAAAGGUUGCUUAAGGAUGACAUGAAGCAUCAUUGGCUUAAAAUUGAUUUUAACAAGUGGCGAGAUGAAGAUGACUCGGAUGAUGAUGAUAAAAUGGACAAAAAUGCAGACUUUAACGAGGUGAGAAACUAUUUAAAAAUUUAA